ACAAUACAUAUUUAAAAAUAACAUGACCGCACCUUCAAAAUAAUUUUUUUCAAUUUAUUCAAUUUCUGCAUCAUUAUUUCCUAGAUUCAAGGAAUUAACAAAUUAAUUAAGUAGAGACACGAAAACUAUAAUGACCGGGGGAAUAAUUCUAGCUGGACUUACAGCUGCUGCAAUAGGAUUCGGAGGACGUUACUUAAUGCGACAGAUGCCCAAUGCCUCGUCAAAAAUGGCUGAAGCAAUGAGAAACCUUCCGAAAUUUGAUUCAGAAUCUUUAGCAUCUUCCAAAUAUUAUCGUGGUGGUUUUGAUCCCAAAAUGAAUAAAAGAGAAGCUUCAUUGAUACUAGGUGUUAGUCCUUCAGCCUCUAAAAUAAAGAUCAAAGAUGCUCAUAAGAGAAUAAUGCUUUUAAAUCAUCCAGAUCGUGGUGGAUCGCCAUAUUUAGCAGCGAAGAUUAACGAAGCGAAAGAUCUUAUGGACAGUCAAAAAUAAAAAUUUUAAUAAAUUCUCUAAAUGAAUUUUAAUUAUGUUAUAGAUUAGUAAAUAUUUUCUUGUAAAUAAAGUUGAUUACAAUUGUCAUAAA